AUGGUUCGAAUUAAGAUAAGCGGGGUUCCUAUUGAGAUGCCUUUUGAGCCGUAUCCUGCACAGAUAAUCACGAUGACAAAGCUUAUAUCUUGCUUGAUGACAGGGACGAGCGGGUUAGUUGAAAGCCCAACAGGAACGGGGAAGAGCCUGUCGAUACUAUGUGCGGCGUUAGGAUAUAGCGAGCAUCUGAAGAGAGGGAUUAGAAGUGGAUGUGGCAAGAGAAGAGAAGGAGGAGGGAUGAAAGGAGAGGAAGUGAAGGAAGAAAAGCUGAAGAUAAUCAUAUGCUCACGGACUCACAAGCAACUUGACCAACUAAUCGAUCAGCUGAGGAAGACCCAGUAUAAGCCCCGGAUUUCCAUAUUAGCAAGCAGAAGCCAGUAUUGUGUAUCACCAAAGCUUCGGGAAGUUACAGACAAAAACACGGGGUGCAAUGAGUUGGUGAAGAGUGGAAAUUGUGCCUAUUUCACUGGAAAGGAUAGGCUUGCAAAAAGGGUUGGGGAUAGGGUGUUUGACAUAGAGGAGCUGAAGGGAGAGGGAAGAAGAUGUGGUGGAUGUCCUUACUAUGCCUCUAGGAUUCUGAAUGAGGAUGCAGAGGUUAUAUUUGCACCAUACAACUACCUCAUUGACCCCAGGAUAAGGGAGAAUACAGGGAUUGGCCUUGAAAACAGUGUGGUGAUUAUAGAUGAGGCACACAAUAUAGAAGACGUGUGCAGGUCAUCUGGAUCGAUUGAGCUUGGGUCGCGGGCAAUAGAGAUAAUACAGAAUGAGAUUCUUGGAGCCGUGAAGAGGAGUGGGAUACUAGGGGAGAUUAAGCUGGACUUUAUCAACCUGAUGGAUUUUUUCAGAAAGCUUCGGGAAGGAGCAGACAAUACAGAUGAGUUUGAUAGAGACACGUUUGGGGGGAAGCUUCGAAUAAGAAGGGGAAAGGAUAUAAAGGACGAGCUUGAAAGGAUGGGAAUAAGUAAGGAGUUUGUUCUGAAGAUUAAGAAUUCGAUAUAUGCAAUCCAGAAGAAUGAAGAGGCAAAGGACUUGCUGAAUGUAAGCACGCUCCAUGUACUAGAGGGUCUGGACUCUGUUCUAUCUGCAAUUCACUUUAGCGGCUGUGAUGCAUAUUCGUUUGUGUUCCACAAAGUGAACGAUGAGAAUGUGAGGAAUUCAAGAGCAUCCAAGUUUUCUUAUAACUUCUGGCUUCUUGAUGCUGGAUACACAUUUCGAUCGUUUGUUGGAAAGGUUAGGUCUGUUGUGCUUCUGUCUGGAACAUUGACACCGUUUUCCUCAUUUUCAUCUGAGCUAGGGCACGAGUUUGCUCAUUCGAUUGUUGCACCCCACCUGAUUACACAAAAGCAAGUGUUUGUCUCCUGUGUAAGGAAGGGACAUUUGUCAAAGGAGCUAACAGGGACAUACGGGGUUUCGGACACACCGCAGUAUCUAGACCAGCUCUGUAAGAUCAUAGUGGAUGUGUCGAGCAAGAUCAAAGGGCAUGGAGGAACACUUGUGUUUGUCCCGAGUUAUAGUUUCCUAGAGAACCUGCAGAAGAGAAUGGGAGGGACAAAUCCUGGGAUACUAACUGAGCCGAAGAAUGGAGCAGGAAAUGAGUUUGAAAAGGUGAUGAAAAGAUAUAAGAAUAGAAUAGCAAUGAAGCAAAGUGCCGUAUUUAUGUGUGUAUACAGAGGGAAAGCAAGCGAAGGAAUAGACUUCAAGGAUUCUUUUGCAAGGGCGGUUAUUGCAGUUGGAAUUCCUUAUCCAAGUCUUCAUGACCCACAGGUAGAGCUUAAGAAGGAGUUCAAUGACAGAUACAAGAGCUUCAACGGACGGCUUUGGUACGAGGCCCAGGCGUUCCGAGCAGUGAACCAGGCACUUGGAAGGGCGAUCAGACAUAAGGACGAUUGGGGGAUAGUGAUGCUUCUUGAUAAUAGGUAUUCUGAAAAGAGAGUUCAAAACCAUUUAUCUAAGUGGGUUGCAGAGAAUAUCAAGGUCUAUGACUCAUAUGAUGGAUGUGUCUCUGAUCUCUUGAGGUUUCUAUCCUUAAUUAAAUAG